AUGGAACAUUAAUUACUUUUGACAAAAAGAAAUAUUAACAAUAAUGAAUCAGUUUUAGACUAAAUUAUCUUUAAUAACUAAACAAUAAGUUCAAAUACUUACAAAUAUAUUAUGGUUUCUAGUGGGCAAAUAGUAUCAGCUUAUAAAUUUUAUGAUGAAAUUACUUAAAAUUUUAUCAACUAAAAUUUUAGCUUAAGGAUCAUCCCUUAGAACAAAUAAUAUAAUAGAAUUAAAAACUUGACUGGAUCUUAGUGUCUUAUAAGAAGUCGUUAAAUCAUUGAUUCAAAAUCAGGAAAAUAUAAUUCAAGCCUAAUAAAUUUGAAGAGUGUCCUUUUCAAUGAAACUACAUGGAUUACAAUUUAGAUUCCCUUAUUGUGUAUUUCAAUCCAGAUUUGA